GUUCCAGAUGAUGAAGAGUAGAGCAGAUGAGGAAGACUACUGGAACAGCUCCAAGUUCAAAGCCUUCACCUUUGACGAUGAAGACGACGAGUUCAGCCGGUUAAAGGAGUCGAAGCGGGCGGUGAACAGCAUCCGGUUGGUGGAGGAAGAUGAGGAUGAAGACGAGGUGGAGAAGGUCAGCUGGAGCGGCGAGCCCGUUGGCAGUAUUUCCUGGUCCGUCAGCGAGACGGCAGCGUCCAAUCAGAAGAGUCCACUCAGAGAGCCCGCCUUCCCCAGAAUCCCCACGGACCCAGCGAGCCUCAGCAGAAGGCACUCUGGGUACUCUCUGAGCGCGCUGUUCAAAGGAAAAACUAGAGGAGGAAACUUCCAGUCGUUCACUGACAGUGAGUCUGUACUGCACUACACAAUAAAUACACACUAUAUACACAAUAUACAAUACACAAUAAAUACACAAUAAAUACACACUAUAUACACAAUACACAAUAAAUACACACUAUAUACACAAUAC